GCUCACCAAAAACAAAAUAAUUUUUAAUUUAUUCCCCACCCCAAAAUAAUAUUAAAAACCUAAAAUACAAAAAGAAAAAGAAAAACAAAUUUGCUGGCGACAAGCAAACACAAAACAAAAGCAAGGAACCGUUUCCGCUUCUUCUUCUUCCUCCUCUCUACAGAGUCAAAAACUACCACCAAACAUCACCGAUUUCAAUUGGUCUACGACCGCCCAAAAUCCCCCCUCCCUCCUAAUCUCUCGCCGGGAAAACUUCUCUUUCCUAAACUAUCUAUAUGCUAUUGCCGAUCGAUCGUUGCUUGCUGCUGCUGCUGGCGGGAGACAGACUUGCCUUCUUCCUGGUGACCGGUGGAAAGUAACACUUCCUUCUUCCCCCGAUUAUUAUGAAGAACAACAGCAAAGGAAGCAACAGCAGCAAGAACACUACAAGCACCAGUCAUGGAUUCCUUCCUAACUCUUUGAAAUUCAUUUCGUCUUGUAUCAAAACUGCUUCCUCCGGUGUCCGCUCAGCUAGCACAUCGGUUGCCGCCUCAAUCUCCCGCGACAAUCUAGGCGGGGAUAGGGACCAGGUCCUCUGGGCCUCAUUUGACAAGCUACAACUUAGUCCGUCCUCCUUCCGAAAUGUGCUCUUACUUGGGUACUCCAAUGGCUUCCAAGUGAUUGAUCUUGAAGAUGCCUCUGGUGUGACUGAGCUUGUUUCAAGACGGGAUGAUCUGGUCACAUUUCUACGUAUGCAGCCACUCCCUGCUAAGGCUGAGGGUUGUGAAGGAUAUAGAGCUGCACAUCCUUUGCUCUUAGUAGUUGCUUGCGACGAAACUAAAAGCCCAGCAAUUGUUAUCAAUGGGAGAGAUGAAUUGGGCAGAGAUGGCUUCAAUGAGAAUCAUGCUGGAGGAUUUGCACUUUCUCCAACUGUUGUUCGUUUUUACUCUCUGAAAUCCCACAACUAUGUUCAUGUUCUAAGGUUCCGUUCUCCGGUAUUUAUGGUAAGAUGCAGCCCUCAGAUAGUGGCUGUGGGUCUGGCUACACAGAUAUACUGCUUUGAUGCUCUCACUCUAGAGAACAAGUUCAGCGUGCUCACCUAUCCUGUUCCUCAAUUGGGCAUCCAAGGAGGGAUUGGGGCGAACACUGGAUAUGGGCCAAUGGCAGUGGGUCCAAGGUGGUUAGCUUAUGCUUCUGACAAUCCAUUGCUAUCAAACACUGGGCGCCUAAGUCCACAAAGUCUUACACCUCCCAUGGGUGUAAGUCCAUCAACUUCACCUGGCAGCGGCAAUCUAGUGGCUCGUUAUGCCAUGGAAUCGAGUAAGCAGUUAGCUACUGGAUUGAUGAGUUUAGGUGACAUGGGCUACAAGACUUUGUCUCGAUACUGUCAAGAUUUCAUCGCUGAUGGUUCUGGUUCACCUGUCUCUCCAAAUUCUUGUUGGAAAGUCGGACGAGUUGCAGCUCAUUCUACAGAUGCUGAUACUGCUGGAAUGGUUGUUGUGAAAGAUUUCAUAUCCAGAGCUGUGAUUUCACAAUUUAGAGCUCAUACAAGUCCCAUUUCUGCUCUAUGCUUUGAUCCAAGUGGUACGCUUUUGGUUACUGCAUCAAUUCAUGGGAACAACAUUAAUAUUUUCCGGAUCAUGCCAUCCUCUGUUCACGGUGGUUCUGGUGCAAAGAAUUACAAUUGGAGCUCUUCUCACGUGCACCUUUACAAGCUUCAUCGGGGCAUAACAUCUGCGGUGAUCCAGGAUAUAUGCUUUAGCAGUUAUAGUCAGUGGGUUGCAAUAAUUUCAUCUAGGGGAACCUGCCACAUAUUUGCACUUUCACCAUUUGGUGGUGAGAGUGUUCUCCAAAUGAAGAACUCUGAAGUAGAUGGGCCCAUCCUAUUACCGGUGUUUUCUCUACCAUGGUGGUCCACUCCCUCAUUCCUGGUGAACCAACAAUCCGUUUCUGCAUCCCCACCAUCGUCUGUUACUCUCUCUGUGGUGGCCCGAAUAAAGAAUACCCAUUCUGGCUGGCUUAGCACAGUUAGCAAUGCGGCAUCAUCUGCUGCAGGAAAAGCGUCAAUACCAUCUGGUGCUAUUGCUGCUGUCUUCCACAAUUGUGUGCCGCAAGAUUCCCAACCUUCUCAUUUGAGAAAAGUAGAUGCCAUGGAGCACCUUUUAGCUUAUACGCCAUGUGGACAUGUGGUUCAAUACAAGUUGGUGUCGUCACUUGGUGCAGAACCUAGUGAAGCUACUCAAAGAAUCGGACCGGGUUCCUCACUUCAGACUGCAGAUGAGGAACUACACGUGAAAACUGAAUCUGUUCAAUGGUGGGAUGUUUGUAGAAGAGCAGAUUGGCCGGAAAGAGAGGAGCAUAUCACUGGCCAUACUCACAGCAGAAAAGAAAAUUUAGAUAUGGCAAUGGAUACUUCUGACUGUGAAGAUAAUGAGGCAGGAAAAGUUGGCGCUUCUGAUGUGGACAUAAUGAAAUCACAUGAGCAGUCUCACUUGUAUCUUGCAAAUGCUGAAGUCCAGAUGAGCCCCUGGAGAACACCGCUCUGGCAGAAAUCCAAGGUGUAUUUCUAUGCAAUGAGUGGGAUUGAAGGUGACAAGCAGAAUGUUGCUGAAGAUCACUCCGGUGGAGAGAUUGCUAUAGAAAAGGUUCAAGUCCAAGAAGUUGAAAUCAGGCGGAAGGAUUUGUUACCUGUUUUUGACCACUUUCACAGGGUUGCUGAUUGGAGUGACCGGGAACUGCGAAGGGAAAUAUCUGCUCUGUCUACUGGGUCUGCUGCAGCUUUCCAGCCGAAGAUGUUUCCAUCCAGUUCUGCUGCAAACUCAAAUGGAGGGUCAUCAACAAAAUUGUAUAUAUCUGCUCAACAUAAUCCUGGCAAAUUCGGAGGGAUUUCGGGUUUAGCUUAUCGAAGCCCAAGUAGCAAUAAUUGUGGUUUGCUUUCUUUUAAGCCUACUCCAAUGAGUAUCUCUCCUGCUGAAGAAGAUAGUAAUAACUCUGUGCAUAGUGAUGUAGUAUCUUUAACCCAUGGCUCGCCUUCUCCCGAAAGAAAUAUGGGAAAUGAAGGCCGGUCAACAAAUAGUGUUCUGACCAGUGAAUCUUCAAAUGCAAGCUCCAGACGUUCUGAUUUGAGUGCAAAUAUUAUAGACGAGGGGAUGAUGGUGAAUGAGUCUCCAGAUUUCGAACAGCUUUUCCAGGAGGGCUACUGUAAAGUUGCUGCCCUUUCUGAAUGCUGCGAAUCGGAGAAGAGCAAAGUCGUCAGUCCAUUGGAUAACAAUGCCAGUCCUCAAGGAUUGGAGAAGCCUGAUGAUGACGAUGAUGAUAUGCUCGGAGGUGUCUUUGCUUUCUCAGAGGAAGGUUAACGUUAGCAUCUUCCGGUCGAGCCAUGGCUGGCUGAUGAAAGUCGCAUUCUAUCUAUUUGUGAUAAGUGUCGGCCACCGGAGGAGGGACAUGGAGAAGGGUGUGCAUUAGGGUUGUGUACUAAUUCGUAAGGACACAAGCGAAGAUGGGUUUGCGAACCAGUGUGGCAAUCAAUGGGUACUGACUGAUGUGAAUCCUGGGGGAGAAAGAGAAGAAGAUCAUUGCAUUUGGCAAAAAUCUCUUUCGAUUUGCUUCUUCUUCUAAUUCUAGUUGUACAUGCUGUAAAUUUGGUAAAAUUCACAGGAUAUAGCUUGAUUUGUGUGGGGGGGUAAAAGAAGGUUUACGUUCUUCUGUCUAUGCUGUGUAACAUUAUUCUUCAUUCUUGGCCAAAAGGAAGGGGGGGGGGAAAGGAAAAUGAAGUGGAUGGAAAAUGAUUUGCAAUAAAGAACACCACUACAGUCUACAGCUGAUACUUUCUUCCUGAUCUCUCCAUCAUCAUUCACAUAGCGAUAGCAUGGGGAUAAUAAGGUAAGGAUAGGGUAGGGUAGAACUGAAAUUCACAAGGAAGGAAGCUAUCAAGUGAUGUGGAAUUCCUGGCGUAUACAUGUUUAUGCUCUGCUCCUCCUAAUCAUAAUUCGUAACUAUCGGGAGGGAGGGGAGCCAAAAAGAUUGCAUCUUGACAUGGACUUCAAAUCAAUAAUGGGUUGUCUUGUUUGUUUGUUUGUUGAUAACAUUGAAGACGGAAUACGUGGGGAAUCCAUUGUCCAUACCCCAAACCCAUAAACGGAUCCAAACCAAACCAAAUCAAAUGAUAACGCCACGCCUUCCUCUUUAAUUACAAUUUAAAAGCUAUAAUCCGUCUUGAACACCUUGUUGCCGGAUUCCUCAUCACCACCACCACCAAUCCUUUUCCUUCCUUGCUCCACCAAAUCAUCAUCAUCAUCAUCACUUUCGUCUGCGUCUCCCUCAAAUGCAGGGUGAUUAAGAACACUGUUAAGCAGCUGCGUCCCUCUAAGAGCAUUGGUUAAAGGCAGAUGACCUUCAGGGGUAUCCUCAUUAAGCUCCCAAAUGAACUCCCCUGGAAAGGCUCUGUAAUUGUACUGCUCCACUUCGCUGUCUGGGAGCUUCUUCAUCCACCCAACUUUGAUGAAGAAGUUGGUGAAAUCCAUUUUGGCCUUCUUCUUCCAUAUCUUCUUCUGGACGCUGUACCCGAACCUGCCCUCGCUGUGCUCCUUCCAGAGCUCGUCCACGGCCCUCAGCUCUGGUGUCGGUAUGAAUUGGACCUCCGAGAAGAAGACGUAGCCACGCGCCACCGCGGGCUCUCCGGCCAGGGCGAUCAGGAGCCGGCGGGUCUCGUCGUCGGCCUGGCGGUACUCCCGGGCCUCCAGGUGGCGGCGGAGGAGGUCCAGGGAGGUGGAGGGAGCGGCGGGUUGGGAGGUGGAGGGUGUGGUUGAUGUGAUGGAGGAGAAGGCGGUGGUGGUGGAGAGGGAGAGGGAGAGGGAGAGGGAUGACGUGGCGGCGGUGGGUUUGGGGAAGGAGGUGGAGGAGAAGAGGGGGAUGGCGGUGGCGGUGGAGUCCGUGUGGUGGAGGAGAUUGGUGAGGUGGCGGUGGAGGGAAUGCAGGGAAUUGGUGGCCAUGGUUUCAAUUUCAACUUGGAUCGGAUGGGUUUAAAGUGUUAAGAGUGAGUUUUGUGGUGUGCUAUUGAAGUGGGUGUGUGGGAGAUAAGAUAAGACUUAAGAGAGAGGAAGGGUAUGGGACUGCUGGGAAACGGAAUGGUCACUUUGAUUGGCCAAAUGUGGGUGAGGCUAGAUCCUAUCCUCUCACUCUCUGCUAUGCCAAGUGGAAAGAAUAUUUUGGGGGUGAAAUGGGUAAGGUUUGUUUAAUUUGGUGGCUAGGAUGAAAUUUGCACAUUCUAACAAUAAUUUCUUGGGCUGAAAUGUUAUUUUUCAUUCACAACUCACAACUCACAAGAGAUUAUUUAUUUUGGAGUUGUCAUAUACACAAAAGGUUUUAAUCAUUUUUUGUUGGAGGAUAUAUAAUAAAUAUAACC